AUGAAGGGGAGCAGCACCCUCCUACUGGGGGCCCUCACCCUGCUCUGCUCCUGCGGGCUGGCCACCGGGGAGGACAGCAGUGAGUUUUUCAUGGAAUUCCUGCAAACGCUGCUGGUGGGGUCCCCAGAGGAGCUAUAUGAGGGGCCCCUGGGCAAGUACAACGUCAAUGCAGAUGCCAAGGCAGCACUGACUGAGCUCAAGUCCUGCAUAGAUGGCCUACAGCCCAUGCACAAGGCGGAGCUGAUCAAGCUGCUGGUGCAAGUGCUGGGCAGUGAAGAUGAUGCCUAG